ACGUGACGCGGGGAGGGGGGGGGCGAGCCGCUCCAAUUGCCCAACCGCCUCAUCUGUUCCCCAGGGCGCGCAAGGCCCCCAUCUUUCGCCGUCCGCCUGCCCGUGCCCCUCAGAGCUCCGCUCCGCUCCGCUCCGCGCGGGGACCGAGAGCCGGGGGGCUCUUGCCGUGGCACGUCCCCCGCCUGUGCGCGUCUCCCUCACCGACCGGGUCGCUGGGACGUGACUGCCUGGGGGUGCCAGGUGCCGGCUGGGCACUCAGCGCCUCCCCGCAGCCCGGAGCGCUUCUGGCGGGCGGGGAUGGUCCCCGGCCACCCCGCUGAGUGCUUACGGGUGAUGUGCAGUUCUAUAGCCUAUUCAUCUUACAGUUUCACGGAACAGUUGACAGAGCUGUCCCAUACGUUCUGCAAAGAGGAAUGAUUUGGUGAUGGAGUGCUUCCACUGACUGAUGGACCAACAAGAGAGAAGCUCAGCAGAGGCAGAAGGAGCCAAAGAGAGAGGCCUGGUCCAUAUCUGGCAGGCUGGUUCCCUCUCCUUAACACCUGAGAGACUUCCAGGCUGGAGUGGAAAGACAGUACUGCAGGCAGCUCUCGGAAUAAACCAUGGGUUGCUUCUAACAGAAGGUGGCGAGGUCUACAGCUUUGGAAAACUUCCCUGGAGGGUUGGGCUAGAGGAAACUUGCACUAAGAGCCCCAUCUUAGAAAAUGCUUUGGUUGGACAGCAUGUUACUACUGUGGCAGCUGGAAGCUACCAUAAUGGAGCAGUGACCGAGAGUGGUGUGGUAUACAUGUGGGGAAACAAUUCUGCUGGACAGUGUGCAGUGGCUAACCAGCCCUAUCUGCGAGAACCAAAUCCUAUUAGUAUUUCUGACUCUGAAACCAGUCCUCUGCUGUCAGUCAGGAUUUUGCAAUUGGCAUGUGGAGAGGAGCACACCCUGGCACUUUCACUAAGCCGAGAAAUAUGGGCAUGGGGAAGUGGCUGUCAGCUAGGUCUCAUAACAACUACUUUCCCAGUGACCAAGCCUCAAAAGGUAGAACACCUGGCAGGACGUGUUGUGCUCCAAGUUGCCUGUGGGGCGUACCACAGCCUGGCUCUUGUACAAUGUCUCCCUGCACAGGACAUGAAACCUAUCCCAGAGAGAUGCAAUCAUUGCAGCCAGCUCCUGAUUACGAUGACAGAUAAAGAAGACCAUGUAAUCAUAUCGGAUAGUCACUGCUGCCCAUUAGGUGUGGCACUGGCUGACUCCCAAUCAGCAAACCAUGUCUCCUGUUCCUCAUUGGAGACUCUUGAGGGGAAAAGUGCUACAGGUAGCCAAAGUGAGGAUUGUCAGAAAACCUUUGUAGAAGAUGAGCCAGCUGCUUCAGAAUCAGAGGUGACAAGUGUGCUUUCUAACAAUGAUGGACAGGAAGAUAGUGGAAUUUCCAGUCCUGGAAAUGUUUUGUUUCCUGAUAAAAAAGCAGUAAAAGAGUACUUGGAGAAUCUGUCAGAUCACCCAUUAAAUGACAGCCAGGAGAAAAGCAUCAGUACAGAACUUGAACAGCCUUCUCAAGAAGAACAACUCACUGCUUGUCUCCCUGGCCCUCCAGGUGUAAGUACAUCUGCCUUGAACAGCUUGGUGGUCUCUUGUGCAUCAGCAGUUGGUGUGAGAGUUGCAGCUACAUAUGAAGCUGGGGCGUUGUCUCUGAAGAAAGUAAUGAAUUUCUAUGGCACAACUCCAGGUGAACUAGGAUCUCAGUCUGGUAGUCCUUCCCCCGGUCCUGAGGGGCUGAAGGACACUCGGGAAGAGCAAGUCAAACUGGAAUCAAUGCAAGGAAAGAAGAGUUCUAGCCUAGUGGAUAUUCGAGAAGAAGAAUCUGAAGGAGUCAGUCGAAGACUUUCCCUCCCUGGCUUGUUGUCCCAAGUUUCUCCAAGGCUCCUAAGAAAAGUAGGACGGGCAAAAAUGAGGACCGUGGCUCUGACCCCAACCUAUAGUGGAGAGGCUGAUGCACUUCUCCCAUCUUUAAGAACUGAGGUGUGGAGCUGGGGGAAAGGGAAGGAAGGACAGUUAGGACAUGGUGAUGUCCUACCAAGGCUUCAACCAUUAUGUGUAAAAAGUCUGGACAGUAAAGAAGUGAUACAGCUUUCGGCUGGUGGCCACCAUUCCUUGGCCCUCACUGCCAAAUCACAGGUAUAUUCGUGGGGUAGUAAUACCUUCGGCCAGCUUGGUCACUUAAAUUCUCCAACUACUGUCCCUCGUCUUGCAAAGGUGUGUGAUGAUAGUGGAGUCUGGAGCACAGCAGCAGGACCAGAUUAUUCCCUCUUCUUAGUGGAUGGAGAAGACUUCCAGCCUGGAUUAUAUUACAGUGGUCGAGAGGAGACUAGGGAAAAUAAUUCACCUGGAAACAAUUACACUAAGCUUCCAGCUCUUUUGCUAGCCUGUAGUAAGUUAGGGUACAUAAGCAGCGUGACAGCAGGUGGGGACAACUCCUUGGCCUUGGUGGACAGAAACAUUAUGGGAUAUAUUGCAAGCUUGCACGAGUUGGCUACUACAGAGAGAAGGUUCUAUUGCAAACUGAGUGAGAUCAAAUCUCAGGUCCUCAGACCCCUCCUAGGUUUAGAUAACUUGGGCACUACAACUACAGUCCAGCAGUUGCAGGAUAUGGCAAGCAGGUUCAGCAAGCUGUGUUAUCUGAUUGGUCAACAUGGAGCUUCUCUGAGUAGUUUUCUUCAUGGGAUAAAGGAGGCAAAGAGCUUGGCCAUCCUGAAACAUUCUAGUCUCUUCUUGGACAGUUAUACAGAGUAUUGCACAGCUGUAACAAACUUUCUGGUGAUGGGAGGAUUCAUGCUUCUUGCAAAGCCAGCAAUUGACUUUUUAGGUAAAAACCAGGAGUUGUUACAAGAUCUAGCUGAAAUGAAGGAGGAAAACAUACAGUUGGUCGAAGUGCUAAAUACCCUGUUUUUCUUGCCAGUCAGACGACUUCAUAACUAUGCUAGAGUUUUGCUAAAGCUUGCUACAUGUUUUGAAGUGACAUCUCCAGAAUACCAAAAACUACAAGAUUCCAGUUCUUGCUAUGAGACUCUUGCUGUCCAUCUCAAUAGGAAAAGGAAGGAAGCAGAAUACACACUAAGCUUCUGGAAGACCUUUCCUGGGAAAAUGACAGAUUCCUUGAGGAGACCAGAACGUCGGUUAAUCUGUGAAAGCAGUAAUCGAGGGUUGUCCCUACAGCAUGCUGGGAGAUUCUCGGUGAACUGGUUCAUCCUCUUUAAUGAUGCUCUUGUCCAUGCUCAGUUUUCAACACAUCAUAUUUUCCCCCUUUCCACGCUGUGGGUGGAGGCUCUUUCAGAAGAAGCUGGUAAUGUGAAUGGUUUGAAGGUUACUACACCAGAGGAACACUUCAUUCUUCUUUCAUCAACACCACAGGAAAAGACAAAGUGGCUGAGGGCUAUAAGCCAAGCUGUGGAUCAGGCCCUAAGGGGGACAUCUGACUUACCACCUUAUGGAAGUGGUGGGAAUAUUCAGAGGCAGGAGCCCCCUAUUUCACGUAGUGCAAAAUACACCUUUUACAAGGACCCUCGGCUUAAAGAUGCCACCUAUGAUGGGCGAUGGCUUUCUGGGAAACCCCAUGGCAGAGGGAUCCUAAGAUGGGCUGAUGGAAGGAGGUAUUCCGGGAUGUUCCGAAAUGGCCUGGAAGAUGGGUAUGGUGAAUACAAAAUACCAAACAAAGUAUUGACCAAGGAUGACCAUUAUGUGGGAUACUGGAAGGAGGGCAAAAUGUGUGGACAAGGAGUCUACAGCUAUGCCACUGGUGAGGUGUAUGAAGGAUGUUUUCAGGACAAUGUGCGUCAUGGGCAUGGUCUCCUGCGCAGUGGCAAACUGACAUCUUCCUCUCCCAGUAUGUUCAUUGGCCAGUGGGUGAUGGAUAAGAAGACUGGAUAUGGCGUCUUCGAUGAUAUCACAAGAGGAGAAAAAUAUAUGGGAACAUGGCAAGAUGACCUCUGCCAGGGAAAUGGUGUUGUGGUUACUCAGUUUGGACUGUACUAUGAAGGAGCCUUUAGCAACAACAAAAUGAUGGGGACUGGGAUUUUGCUUUCUGAAGAUGAUACAAUUUAUGAAGGAGAGUUUUCAGAUAACUGGACCCUUAGUGGAAAGGGAACCCUGACCUUGCCAAAUGGAGAUUACAUUGAAGGUCUCUUCACUGGAGAAUGGGGAUCUGGGAUAAAAAUCACUGGAACCUACUUCAAACCCAGCUUGUAUGACAGUGAGAAGGACAGACCUAAAGCAUUGAGGAAGCUUGGAAACCUAGCCGUGCCUGCUGAUGAGAAAUGGAAGGCAGUGUUUGAAGAAUGCUGGCACCAGCUGGGUUGUGAGAAUCCAGGCCAGGGAGACAGAUGGAAGGCUUGGGACAGCAUUGCUGUGGCUCUGACCACCAACCGCCGUCAACACAAAAACAGCCCAGAACUAUUGAGUCGUUCACACACUCAGACACUGGAGAGUUUAGAGUUCAUUCCACAACAUGUUGGUGCCUUCACACUAGAGAAAUAUGAAAAUAUCAAGAAAUAUUUAAUAAAGGCCUGUGACACCCCUCUCCACCCUCUGGGGAGGCUUGUAGAGACAUUAGUAGCUGUGUACAGAAUGACUUACGUUGGAGUGGGAGCCAAUCGGCGGUUACUACAGGAGGCAGUAAGAGAAAUUAAAUCCUACCUCAAACGCAUUUUCCAGUUGAUCAGGUUCUUGUUUCCUGAUCUUCCUGAUGAGGGCAGCACAAUUCCACUCUUGGUGACUGAGACAAAGAGAAGGAAAUCCUUCUGUAGUGGGAAAAUGGACUCCAGAUCAGAAUCUCCUGAACCAGGUUAUGUGGUAACCAGUUCUGGGCUGCUGCUUCCUGUGUUGUUACCACGACUCUACCCUCCUUUGUUUAUGUUAUAUGCCUUAGACAAUGAACGCGAAGAAGAUAUUUACUGGGAAUGUGUUCUUCGUCUAAACAAACAGUCAGAUACAGCUCUUCUGAGCUUUCUUGGAGUUCAGAUCAAAUUUUGGCCAGUGACUGUGUCCAUCCUUGGAGAAAAUAAAAAGGUGAUACCAAACACAAAAGAUGUCUGCUUUGCCUCAGCAGUUGAAUGUUUACAACAGAUCAGUACAACCUUUACCCCAUCUGACAAACUGAAGGUGAUCCAGCAGACUUUUGAGGAGAUCUCUCAGAGUGUGCUUGACACUCUUCAGGAAGACUUCUUGUGGUCAAUGGAUGACUUAUUUCCUGUUUUUCUCUAUGUGGUGCUACGAGCCAGGAUAAGGAAUUUGGGGUCUGAGGUGCACUUGAUUGAGGACCUGAUGGAUCCGUAUCUCCAGCAUGGGGAACAAGGCAUCAUGUUCACUACUCUGAAGGCUUGUUACUACCAGAUUCAACAUGAAAAGCUGACCUAGAUCGCCUCUGCAACCAAAGUAGAUGAGUAUCUACUGAGUGGAGCUUCAGCAACAUCCAUGUUCCUUAGAAUGGCACUUACAACAGAGAUAUGUGGAUAUUGCUUCUGAACUCAUAUAAAGAUUGAAAAAAACAAGUACUGAGGCCAUCUAGAGGAAAUGACAGAAGCAGAAAAGUAAUACUUAAACUUGGCCUGUCCAACAGUUUCCAAGAAGAGAGACUAUUUGCUGGUCUAAAGGAGGGAUUGUUUGUUCUUCCCAAAUUAGCAGUGUUUUUAAAAGGCAUGACAUCAACUUGGAGUUCAUAUGCAAAGAGUAGUCUGGGCAUAUGGCUUCUUAGACAAUGGGUUUCUGGUUUUCCUGAAUCUACCUGCACUGACCACAGAUUCCUUUGAAAGGAUUACAUUGCAUCAUAGAACCACUCUGUGUCUUCCUGAAUUAAGCUGCUAACUAUGUUUGUUUCUGGAAAAGGGAAAAAAGAAGAAAAGUUACUAUGUUAGUAUUUAUAAUAGGCAGUUUACAGAAUAUCUGUCUGGAAGGGUUCUGAUUGAAUCAUUUGUAGCAGGAUUGCUGAAAGCAGCCCUUAGUUGCUGUUAUGGAAAUGAUCAAAUUGACAUGGGCUCCUUUACAUCUGUAGUGGUAAGAACAUAUCCUUUUUAUUUAAUUAACUUCAUAAACAAAAAGCACUAGCAGGUUUGAAUUUCAUUGCUGAAUUUGGUACUUCUAAAGUUUUUUUGCAGAGCUAUUAGUUUAAUUGUUCCUAGCCUUGCAUUCUAAGGCCCAAGGAUGAACAAUGUGCAGGCUGUUUUUGGAACAGUUGUCUUGUGAAGUCCAUGGUGCAGGAGAAUGAGAAUAUGUUUUAAACUAAGUGACACUAGAUUUGGAUUGAGAUUUUUGACUCCCUCCAUUAUGUUGUAGUUACUUAGCAAGGGAAAACUCACUGUUACAUUCUCAAAGGUAUUGUAAAACAAAAACUUAAUCUCAGUGUUUGGGUUUUUGUGUGUGUGCAUGUUCUUUUGUGGUUUACAUUUAUAUUGAUUUAUACAAAUAGUGCCAGUGAACAUUUGGAUACAAUGGGUGCUGUUCUUUACCAUGUCUGACAGAAAAGUGGGAGAUGUAUGAAAUUUUCUCAUGACUUACCUUGAAUUAGCAUAGCAAAGGCUAAAUCGGUUUUUGAAAUCAGAAUCAUGGCUUGUGUGUUGACCCUUUAAAAAACAGAAACAAAACUGUUCAUUGAAACGCUGUUGGGAGCAGUGACUGUAACGUAGCACUUUUCAUAAUAAAGUAAAGAGUAUUUGUCUUUGA